AUGCGUGUGCCGCCACCCAUUACUCUUUCCUCUUCUGUGCUGCUCCAGCAUUGUCAGGAGCAGAUGAAAGCAGAAGAAAUAAAGAUAGCAAACAACACAGUAGUGACAGAAUUUAUCCUCCUUGGUCUGACUCAGUCUCAAGAUAUUCAGCUCUUGGUCUUUGUGCUAGUCUUAAUUUUCUACCUUAUCAUCCUCCCUGGAAAUUUCCUCAUCAUUUUCACCAUAAAGUCAGAUCCUGGCCUCACAGCAUCCCUCUAUUUCUUUCUGGGCAACUUGGCCUUCCUGGAUGCAUCCUACUCCUUCAUUGUGGCUCCCCGGAUGUUGGUGGACUUCCUCUCUGUGAAGAAGGUAAUCUCCUAUAGAGGCUGCAUCACUCAGCUCUUUUUCUUGCACUUCCUUGGAGGAGGGGAGGGAUUACUCCUUGUCGUGAUGGCCUUUGACUGCUACAUCGCCAUCUGCCGGCUUCUGCACUAUUCUACUGUCAUGAACCCUAGAACCUGCUAUGCAAUGAUGUUGGCUCUAUGGCUUGGGGGUUUUGUCCACUCCAUUAUCCAGGUGGUCCUCAUCCUCAGCUUGCCUUUUUGUGGCCCAAACCAGCUGGACAACUUCUUCUGUGAUGUCUCAUAGGUCAUCAAGCUGGCUUGCACCGACACGUUUGUGGUGGAGCUUCUGAUGGUCUUCAACAGUGGCCUGAUGACACUCCUGUGCUUUCUGGGGCUUCUGGCUUCCUAUGCAGUCAUCCUGUGCCAUGUUCGUAGGGCAGCUUCUGAAUUGAAGAACAAGGCCAUGUCCACGUGCACCACUCAUGUCAUUAUUAUACUUCUUAUGUUUGGACCUGCUAUCUUCAUCUACAUGCACCCCUUCAGGGCCUUACCAUCUGACAAGGUGGUUUCUUUCUUUCACACAGUGAUCUUUCCAUUGAUGAAUCCUAUGAUUUAUACCCUUCGAAACCAGGAAGUGAAAACUUCCAUGAAGAGGUUACUGAGUCGACAUGUAGUCUGUCAAGUGGACCUUAUAAUAAGAAACUGA